AUGUCUUCCUGUCCCAUACAGGCAUUUUCUCUUGGACUUAGUGAUGCUCAACUGUACACAUGGACAGAUGGCCUCAGAAGAAAGGACUGGCAUGACUAUGACAGUAUUCAGAAGGAUGCACUGCGCUCAGGUAAAGGUGAACAUGGGAAGCCAUAUCCAGUCAAUGAACUAGACCAAGAUGACACAGCUUAUAGAGAAAAUGGCUUUAAUAUAUAUGUAAGCAACAAUAUUGCACUGCAGAGAUCGCUCCCUGAUAUUCGACAUCCAAACUGCAAGCACAAACUUUAUUUGGAAAAGCUGCCAAACACCAGCAUUAUUAUUCCAUUUCACAAUGAGGGAUGGUCGUCACUACUUAGAACCAUACACAGCGUGAUCAACAGGACACCGGACAGCCUCAUAGAGGAAAUAAUGCUGGUGGAUGACUUCAGUGACAGAGACCAUCUAAAGGAAAAACUAGAGGAAUACAUGUCAUAUUAUCCAAAGGUCAGAAUUGUGCGCACCAAGAAACGGGAAGGGCUAAUUCGCACCAGGUUACUGGGAGCAUCUAUGGCUAAAGGAGAGGUUUUAACAUUUCUAGACUCUCACUGUGAAGUCAAUGUGAACUGGCUCCCUCCUUUACUGAAUCAAAUUGCUCUGAACCACAAAACAAUUGUGUGUCCCAUGAUAGAUGUCAUUGACCACAAUCACUUUGGAUAUGAAGCUCAAGCAGGAGAUGCCAUGAGAGGAGCGUUUGACUGGGAAAUGUACUACAAACGAAUCCCAAUUCCUCCAGAGAUACAAAGAACAGAUCCCAGUGAUCCAUUUGAAUCUCCAGUUAUGGCUGGUGGAUUGUUUGCAGUUGAUCGGAAAUGGUUUUGGGAAUUAGGAGGCUAUGAUCCUGGUUUAGAAAUCUGGGGAGGAGAGCAGUAUGAAAUAUCAUUCAAGGUAUGGAUGUGUGGUGGAGAAAUGUUUGAUGUGCCUUGUUCCAGAGUGGGCCAUAUCUAUAGGAAGUAUGUGCCUUACAAAGUUCCAACAGGGACAAGCCUUGCAAGAAACUUGAAACGUGUGGCAGAGACCUGGAUGGAUGAAUAUGCAGAGUAUAUCUACCAGAGGCGACCCGAAUACAGACACCUGUCUACUGGAGAUCUCACAUCUCAAAAGGAACUUCGCAAACACCUAAAGUGCAAGGACUUCAAAUGGUUUAUGGCUGAAGUGGCAUGGGACAUUCCAAAGUAUUAUCCACCAGUAGAACCUCCACCUGCGGCCUGGGGAGAGAUGAGAAAUGUGGCAUCCAAUCUUUGCAUUGACAGCAAACAUGGAGCAACAGGCACAGAACUGAGAGUUGAAACUUGUGUUAAGGAUGGUUCUGAAAGGACUUGGUCACAUGAACAGCUCUUCACCUUUGGAUGGCGAGAGGAUAUACGUCCUGGGGAGCCACUCCACACAAGAAAGUUCUGCUUUGAUGCUAUUUCUCGUAAUAGUCCUGUCACCCUUUAUGACUGUCAUGGAAUGAAGGGUAACCAGCACUGGAGCUACAGAAAGGAUAAAACGUUGUUUCAUCCUGUAAGCAACAGCUGUGUCGAUUGUAAUCCGGCUGAAAAAAAACUGUUCAUGAACAGAUGUGACCCUCUGUCUGAGACACAGCAGUGGAUCUUUGAGCACAUUAACAUGACAAUACUACAGAAAUUUAACAUUUAUAAUAACUCUUAG